UGCUUGUCAGGUUUCGACACAUCCGGCGGAGCGGGUCCGGAGACACCCUCUCCUGACGUUGGCGAAGCCGGCUUUUCAUCACGGUCCCCGUCCCCCAUUGUAAGUGAAGCUUUCUCUGGUGAAUUUCGCUAUGAAUCAACGUUGAGGAGAUCUUCUUUCAUAUGAAGGCGCAACCGGUGUCCACUGGUCUGCCGGCGCCCUUGUCGCCCAGGCUGUAUCAGCGGUGCAGCGCAGGCGUGGAGGCGCAGCGCGUCUUCAAGCAGCUGGGAGCUGAGCUGCGCCAACACGCGGCUUGAGCCUAGAUCCCCACAUCCAUCUCUAACCUGUCCAAGAAUCUCUUCACAUUUCAACAGCUGUAUCAUCUUUCCAUAAACCUGAAAUCUGCGAACUUACCUCUUGAUGCCCUUGUCUGAAAAUGAGCGGUAUCGAAGCGGUGGGUCUCGCCGUCGGCGUCGUCCCUAUCCUCGUAACGGCAGCAGCUGCCUACCGUAAGCUUAACGACUGUCUACGCACUCUUCGCCACCGUCAUCGCAUCGCGUCUCGGCUCUGGCUUCAAUUCCGUUGCAUCCAGGCCAGGCUUCGCGAUAGCUUCCGGCAUUUUCUCGCGCCGGUCCUUCAGGAAAAUGAUCCGUGGCAAUUGAUGCAAGAGGCUACCCUGACCGCAGAGCAGCAAGUGAAUAUCGCCGCGCAUAUCCAUCAGUCACUGGGAAUAGACUCAGCAGCCAUUUUCACUGAGGUCUUCGAAGAGAUUACCAAGAUCCUUGACGAAGUUAAACGUUCACUGGUCAUUGUCGAGACUUUGGCAACUGAGGGCACGGCAGAGGCACAACGCAGCAAGAAGUCUUCGAAAGAGGCUUUGGACAUUACCUUGCAUGAGUCGGUUUACAAGAAGCGGCUGGAUGAACUACGGACUUGGGUCGGCGAGCUGUGCCAUUUACUAUCCGCGAACGGCAACAGUCGAAAACAAGACCACGACACCAAAUCCAAACAAGCUCUGCCCCUCCCUUCAUCAGUCACUGCUAUCAACGAAGCUUCGAGACAAUUAGGAAUAGAUCUGGAAAAAGCCUGGACGUGUUUGGACACAACACACAGCAGUCAUAAUGCGGCCCUGUGGUUCAAUGCCCAACUGGACUUGAAUGAUGUUGUUCACAUGGAUGUCGCAAUUUCAUGUCGGCUGCGUACCCCGCCUAAGUCUUCCCUGUCUUCCCAGGAGCUCCAGACCAUAUCACCAGCCUUGACGGAAAGUGGAGCACAACCGCAAAAGCGGGUGAAAUUGUCGACCGCAAUGUCAUCUAACACCGCUCGCACUGGUUCCCUCACUACCCAUAAUGGUGAUCAAGUUGGGAGAAGUCGCCUAGCGAACUCACAAAACAGUUCAACCACGACUGUGCGACCUAUAUCCCAAAGUUUGGCCUUGGGCCCUAAACAUAGCCUAGAUGGCCUCCCCAGCAUGUGCUGCCAUCUCUGCGCUGUCAAUUUCUCCCGCCUGCUCAAUAACUUUAAAUGCUGUCGUGGCUACAUAGGAACAGCAAGGGGGUAUCUGGGCACAGCCGCUGGAUAUCAGCACGCCAUUUUCGAUCAUAGUGGACCUACAUGCGCAUCAGACGAGAUAUCACUGAACGUAGCAAGAGACAGUCACUCAGUAACCUAUUAUCUGAGUCAAAUGACAGUCGUACAACAGUUGAAGACCGGUUACGAGGUUACCAUGGGUCUUCUGAAGUACAGUCUUACACCCUGGCUUCCAGAAGAGUGGUCCCUGAACGACGUAUCUUGCCUUGGUUCGUCAUUCGAUCACAGUACUCUUCACGUAACUAAACGGCUACCAAACAAUAAGCGGCAUGGCCUUCUUACCGCAGAAACUAUCAUCACUCCAUCACAGGAGCUCCAGACGCUCUUAGGUGUCCGGAACAAGCCACUCGCCAAUCUUGGCCAUGCACUUCUGGAACUCGCACAUCGCAAGCCAUUGAAAGACUUACGACAGCCGGGUGACCCUCAUAAUGCUGUCGCCCCACGCAGGCUUGUCAACGGUGUAGACACCAUCUUUGGAGUCAGAUACCGCCAUAUGGUCCGAAAAUGCCUCGAAGCCGAUUUUGUGGUCGAUUGCACAGACCUGUCGGACGCUAGACUCCGGCCUGCAGUGUAUAACAACGUGGCCCUGGAACUCGACCGGCUUGUAAAGGACUUCGAGCGGAUUAUGAGCCUUGCCUAG